AAUAAAAAAAAUUGAUUUCAAAGAGUAAACCCUAGUAGUACUGUCUCAUCGUGCUAAAAAGGUCUUCAAUACCGCGGCAAAGCAUCGAGACAGGACGAGAACAUCGUCGGUGGCUCGAGUGAGUGAGUGAGUGACCCAAUCUCAAACCAAAAACCUCUCUGUGGGGGAAUCACAAUACCCAAAGGUUGCUCCUUUUAAUAUCCCCAAAUGUUUCGAAAGCUCUGUUCUUCUUCUUUCUCUCGCUCCAUCAUCUUCCCAAACAAACCCAUCUUCUUCAUCUCCCGCUCCUUUCCCAAACCUCUCCGUCACUCUUACUCCUCCUUGAAAAUGACCGAUACCCAUAUCCCCGAUAACCCCAAUUCGUCUUCCCCGAUUCAACCUCCCACCAAACCCGAAUUGCUUCGUUCCCUCGAGUUUCAAUUGGGUUCUUCAUUCACCGUCGAUCCAAUCAUCCCACCGCCCAAUCAAAUCAUCAUCGUCGUCAGUGGUCCUAGCGGAGUCGGUAAAGACGCAGUGAUCAACAAGCUUCGUGAGGUUCGUCAAGGUCUACAUUUCGUCGUCACCGCAACGAGCCGUGCGAUGCGACCUGGCGAAGUCGACGGCAAAGACUAUUACUUUGUCUCGAGAGAUCAGUUUUUGUCGAUGGUGGAGAACGAAGAGCUUCUUGAGUACGCACUUGUUUAUGGAGAAUACAAAGGGAUUCCUAAGAAGCAGAUUCAGGAAUACAUGGCUAAAGGGGAAGACAUUGUUCUUAGAGUUGAUAUUCAAGGAGCUCAGACGUUAAGGAGGAUACUUGGUAACUCCGCCGUGUUUGUCUUCCUUGUGGCGGAGAGUGAGCUUGCCAUGGUUGAGAGGUUGAUUGAUAGGAAGACGGAGAGUCAAGAGGAGCUUCUUGUUAGAGUUGCUACGGCGAGAGAAGAGGUUAGGCAUGUUAAGAACUUUGAUUACGUUGUGGUUAAUGCCAAAGGGAUGCUUGAUGAUGCGGUUAACCGAGUGGAAUCUAUUAUUGAUGCUGAGAAAUCUAAAGUUCAUCAAAGGAUUGUCAGGAUUUGAUGUGCAAGGUUGAUGGUUAAUCUCCCUGAUUAGGCAAACAGAUCAAAGAUCUUGAGUGUAAUUUUGGCGAAAGAAGUGAUGGCACAAGACGUUGAUUUGGUAUCUCCAUCAUCAUAUACAGUAUAAUAUGUUGAAGGGGUCUGCACAAGUACCAACCAAUGACAUUUUAACCUAUCAUUCACAUUUACACUUACUUCCUCUUGUCUCUGGUAUUUUUCAAAUGUCAAUGCGUCUGAUGUCUUUUUACCCUGUUUCCUUGGGGCACACUUGUGUGAUUACAUAAGCUCAUAAGAACAGAACCAAACACAAAGACUCUAAACGAGAUGUGAUCUUCCUAUUCAACAGGAGAUAUAACUGCCAAAUA